AUGUACUUCUGCACCAUUGCAUCUUUCGUCUCCUACCAGCAAUGGAGCCGUCCUUGGCGCGAAGCCCGGUGCCUGCCAACGCCCAGGUGGGAGAAGUCUGGCCCAGUCCCACCAAGGCGUUCGUGUUUGCUACCGCCGGAUGACAACGUCCAGCAGCCGCCGUCGCCCAAGCACCGGGUUGUUGUCGACUUGUCGUCCGCGCUCGUGCCGUCGUCGAUACCUCCAGAAUACACCACGAAGUACUUCGGGUUGGUUGGCGGCGAGCUAGGCGUCAUGAGCAAGAUGGAUCCGCUAGGGCCGCGGCCGUCGAGUCCCGACUAUUGGCGCGCGACGGAAGCUGCGGUGCCCUCGGAGGCAACUCUCGAGCUGCGCCACCAACGACAAGCCAGGGCCAAACGGCGUGGGUCAAAGACCUCAACCACCGCCGACACCGCCGACGUCACUGCUGCUGACUCAGCCUCCGACGCCGUCGGGGUCGGGGCUCGAGCCCCCCCUCNGACACGGCUCCCCGGCAGCAAGGACAGCAGCAGGCACCGGCGGGGGGAGGUCUUUACCGCGCAGGAGCCCCCCGUCACGAAGCCGGUCGAAGGGCCGGACCCGCCGCCGUGGUCAGAGUCCAAGCUCGGCCUCCUGUGCGAGCCGUCGGAGGGGGCAUCGGCGGCGGCAUCGCUGGCAUCAAUAGGGGCGGAGCACGGCGGGUCGUCGGCUGCGACGUCCCCGGAGGACUGGGGAUUUGUGGUCGAUAUGGUGCCGGAAACCAACAACAGCUGCUGUUCCGCUACUAUUAAUACCAGCAGCGGGGGUCGCGCGGGACCCAUCUUUGAGUCCAAGAGUGAGGAGGACGACGACGAGGACGACUCGUCCGCCUUCGCCCUGAGCUUCGUCCGCGCUCCCUGGGCAGUCUCCGACGACGAGGGUGGCGAACAAGGGCCGCGGGCGCGACAACCACGGUGUCGUCUGCGGGCCAACGAGAUCGUGUUGCCGAGCCCGGCGGCUGGGGCAAAGAAUACGGAGGCGGUGCAGGUGGCGCGACGGCUAGCGGCGCUUCAGGGGGCCAAGCGCGGACGUCGAGGAAGGGCCAGAAAAACGCGCGUGCGCGUGCGCGGCGGCGGCGGCGGCGGCGGAGGCGGCAAUUGCAUCGUCGAAUCGCAUGGAAAACUCAACUCUAAGGUUGUCUCCAUCCUCCAACAAGACGGCGGAGAAAAUUGUCGGGGGCGGGAAGUGGGCAUCACGAGAUCACCGAUAGCCAUCGACAGCAGCAACGACAACGUUAGCACCGCUCUUUUCAAGCCCCAACCCGAGCUGUACGAUGUAUGGAUCGCUCGGGACUUUUUCCACAGCAAAGGGCUGCCGACGGGCAAGCGAGUGAGGGGGGAAUCGGAACCGCGGCCCCCUAAAGGCCUCAAGGCCGCGGCAGCGGCAGGCCGCGGGAGCGUGAACAUCCCAACGAUAACGCCGGCUUUUCAAGCCGCGAAGCGGGCGUCGGAGGACCGCGAGCCCCCUGGCCAUCGCGAACAGCAUCACAAACGACCCGCUGCGACGGCGGCUUCGGUCGGCAAGCGCUGUGCUGUCCGCUACGUAGGCGGUCCGGAGGACUUCACGGGGAGGACCGCCUCGGGAGCAGCGUCGCGGGAAGACGUACGGGCGGGGGCGAGGUCGCCCCAGGUUGCCGGGAAAUGUCGAACCGGCGCCCGUUUGAGACCACCGGAGGCCGCCAGAGUCCCGGGUGCGACGGCCGCCGUAACGGGUGUGAGGCUCGAAAUUGGUCGGGUCGACAACGACCGGAUAGAACCGGGCUUCAACGGCGACAGCGGCGGCGACGCCAGUGAUACUGAUGAUGACGAUGGUCACGGCAGCGGGCCUGUCCUGGGAAGGGAGGCCGAGGAAAUCGUCGACAUCAGCGGGGAUAUCGUCGCCUGGCAGGCGGAGGAGGAGGAGGUGGACGGGAGAGAAGGAAUGGAGGACGAGGACGAAGAGUACUUCGACUACGCCAAGCGGUUCUCGUGGAAAACGGCCGCAGAGGUAGUCAAGGAGGCGGAGGCGGAAGCGCAGGCUCGGUCGCGCGAGCAACGCCAACAAGAACGACGGGCUGGCGAGCAUGACACAGACAAUGAUGCCGUCAUGCGGCAAGAAGAAGCGCGCCGGCAGCUCGAGGUCGUCGCCGCAGCGGCGGCGGCGGCGUCAGAGCGCGCGAGGGUGCGCUCCGAUCACGCUGCGGCCGUCGCCGUGGGUCGCCUUCGCGCUCCGCAGAGCGUCUUCCACCGAAUGCACCGCACCCCGAGCCGCCCGGAGAUGAGGAGGUCCGUGACUCGCGGGCGGUUUUCUCCCGGCGGGCGCAAGCUCUGGCGGCAGUCGGAGGGUCUGUCCCCCCGCACGGGGCAGCUCUGUCUGUCACCGCGGCGGCGAGGAGGAGGAGGACGAGGAGGAGGAGGAGGAGGUUGUGGUGGGGUGGGCAGCGGCGGGGAUUGGAUUGUUCCCUUCUUCGGGGGAGGGGCGCUCGACUGGGGGGAGAUGCGGACGACGGCGGUGGCGACUCGUCGGUGGGGCUCCGCAGAUAGUACUACGUUCGUCAACAGGGACCUGCCCACCGCCAACGGUGAUACCCAUGGUGGGGGAGAGCACUGCAAUAAUGUUCGCGAUCUUGGCGUGGGAGCGCUGGACGACGGGAGCCGCCGGUGGGGCUCCGCGGAUGGAACUCCGUUCGUCAACAGAAACCGGCCCACAGCCGACGAGGAUGCCAGCGCGUAUGGCGAUGUCGGGGGUACCGAUCGUGGCGUGGGGGCGCUGGACGAGGGGGACCGCCCGUGGGGCUCCGCGGACGGUACGGCCGUCCACAGAAAUACGCGUUCGGUCGACGGCGAUACCAGUGUGGGGGACCACUGUGACGCCGGCGGUAGCGAUCGUGGCGCGAGGGCGCUCAACGAUGAGGCGGUCGUCAAGGAGGAGGAAGGGCAAGAUAACGAGCUGCUGGCGGAGCAGCAGCAGGAGCAGCGAGAGACGGAAGAAUGCGCUCUGUCGAAGUCCGAUCCAUCUCGUCAUAUCAACGGUAAAUCCCAUCCCCACGGAGCAGGAGGGGUCAGUUGCUGCAGGGGGGCAGAGAUAGCGCGGGGAGAAGAGAACCACGACGACGCCGCGAUUUCCAUGGAAGACGACCGUAGAGCUGAACCUUCGGGUGGUGAAUCGGCUUGCGCUGCUGCCGAGCGCGAGGACCGCGGUGGUGAUGGUGUCGAGGAGGACCCUGAUGGACCGCUUUCGUCCACUGUGCGGUACCUUUCGUACACCGUCAAGAUCCCCUUGGGCGGGCACAGCUAG